AUGUGGCUUGGUUGGCGCGCAGCCGCUCUCGUGGCUGCUGCCGCAUUUCUGAUAUAUUCCUUGCUGCCCUUCUUGGCUCCCGACGACCACGCUGCGUCGGAAUCUCAAGGCAACCAAAGCUCUGUAGGAGCUCGCAAAGGGAAAGGUGCCGCUGCAGGUGCCUACCCGCGUCUCGAAGCCGAGCAGCGCAUUUUGGGCGCUCGCGUGUGGAGCGUGGCCGAGCUCGCGCUGCACGACGGUCAGGAUCGGACUAGGCCCCUUCUCCUCGCCAUUUUGGGGGAAGUCUACGAUGUCGGCCCUGGUGCUAGGUUCUACUCUCCGGGAGAGGGGUAUGCAGAGAUGGCUGGAAAGGAUGCGAGCAGAGCCAUGAGCAGCGGCAAGUUCGACGUAGAUGCCGUGCCAAGCCUACAUGGCUUCUCGGAAGAGCAGGUUUCAGCCGUCAUGCAGUGGCGAUCUUUCUACCGGCACCACGAGGAAUAUCGCUUCGUGGGCUUCCUAGAAGGCCCGUACUAUGGAGCCGAGGGAUCUCCCACCUCAGAGCUUCAGAGGUUGGAGGACACCCAGUCCCAAACGGAGAAGGUGGGCAAAACCAUGGCAGAGGCGCGGCAGCGCUUCAAGGCCUGCAACUCUAAGUCGAAGCAGGGUGAGGAUAACACCGAGCUCUGGUGCGAUCCCGGGUAUCACGGACCAGGAACCAUGCCAGUUUAUCUGACGGCCUACAACCCCGAGGCCAAGAAGCGGGAGUCUUGGUGCGCGUGCGCCUCUCCCUCGGCGCGGUCUCUGGCCCAUUCAGAUGACGAGGCGCCGGCAACAGCACCGAACGAGCUGGUUUUCAAGUUCACAGAUUAUCCAGAAUGCAAGGGAAAGACGCGAUGCUGGCGGCCAAAGAAAGCUGGCCCCCCAACCACUCGCAAAGCAAAGUAA